AUGAAGUUCCAAUCCCUCGCAGCACAUAUUUCCCUCGUUCUCUCGCUCCUGGCUCUGCCACUCGGAGUCUCCGCUGGCUUAUACGGAAAGGCAGCUGACCUGCCAAACGUGUCUUAUGACUUCAUCAUUGUCGGCGGUGGUGUUGGUGGUAGCGUUCUUGCGAACCGUCUGACAGAGAACCCAGCAACGAAAGUGUUGGUUCUUGAAGGGGGUUCAUCGAACGAAGAUGCCUUCGAGACGAAAGUGCCGUUCUUCGUGACACGAAUCCCGGCCGAGUACACUUGGAACUAUACAACCACGCCGCAAGUAGGGAUGUACAAUGCUGAGAUCCCAUUCCCCCGCGGAUUCGUGCUUGGUGGCAGCAGCUCCAUCAAUGGGAUGUUCUAUACACGCGGAUCUUCUGAUGACUUUGACCGCUAUGCGGAGGUCACCGGUGAUCCAGGCUGGACAUGGGACAAUGUCCAGACGUACUUCAAACGUAACGAGAAGUGGACGCCUCCAGCCGAUGGACACGACACGACUGGCCAAUACGACCCCUCACUGCACAGCACCACUGGCAUGACUUCAUUUAGUCUUUCUGGCCACCACCAAGCACUCGACCCGAUGGUAUUCCAAGCGGGGCAAGAGCUAGGGGGUAUCUUCGACUUCAAGCUCGACUACAAUGACGGUCGUCCUCUUGGACUGGGUUGGCUUCAAGCAGCCAUCAAUGGCUCGCAACGUAGCAGUGCAGCGACGUCCUACCUCGCGCCUCAAUAUAUCAACAGACCUAAUCUUCACGUCCUCGUCGGCGCCAGGGUCUCUCGGAUCCUCAAAACCGGAUCUGGUUCCGCUUUCCAAGCCGUCGAAUACACACAAGAUGUCGUGAAUGGACCCUUGAGCACCUUCACCGCGUCGAAGGAAGUUCUCCUCGCCGCAGGUGUUAUCGGUACUCCCCAGAUCCUCCUCAACUCCGGUAUCGGCGACUCGGGCUACCUCUCAUCGAUUGGGAUCACGCCGCUGGUCGACCUACCCAGUGUUGGCAGGAAUUUGACUGACCAGCCGACGACUGGGUGCCUGUGGAAUGUGCGGAACGAUGCAGACACUUUUGAUCCUGUGUUCCAGGAUGAGGCGGUGCUCGACAGCGCAAUGGACGAGUGGAACAAUGAUGGCACUGGGCCGCUGGUCGUCACGCCUAUUGGGCAGGUGGCGUUCUAUCGCCUAAACGAUACCGAGCUGGCUGAUCUCGGUGUACCUGCCGGCGUGGACUACGCUGCUGGUCCCAACACGCCGCACUUGGAAAUAGCCAUCGGCAAUGGCUUUGUGUCUCCUACUCCCCCUCCCGGCAAAUGGCUCACCAUCUCUACCAACCUUGUUUCAGCAACUUCUCGUGGAUCUGUUACACUUGACACCACCGGCGGCCUCGAUGUCUUCCGUGCGCCCCACAUCGACCCAGCCUUCUACACCACGGAAUGGGACAUCAAAGCCAUGCGCGAAGCAGUCAAAGCAGCGAAGCGUUUCGUGUCUGCGCCUGUGUUCCAGGACUAUGUGCUCGAAGCCCUGGGUCCGCUUGCCACUGCAGAAACGGACGAGGAGAUCGAAGCAUAUGUUAGGGGAUAUAGUGGAACAACGGCCCAUCCUGUCGGGACAGCGAGCAUGUCACCGAGGGGCGCGCAAUGGGGCGUCGUUGACCCUGAUUUAAAGAUGAAGGGUGGUGUCCAGGGCGUGAGGAUUGUGGAUGCUUCCGUCUUCCCCUACAACCCCAGCAUGCACACGAUGGCCCCAACAUAUGUCGUUGCAGAACGCGGGGCCGACCUGAUUAAAAGCACUUGGAAUCUGUGA